AUGCCGCACACGUUCUUCUCCGCAAUCAGAACCGCCCAUCUGAUGAACCUGUUAUGCUUCGUCGGCCUCGAAGAUAAUUCUUUGACAACCAAGCACGAACCUGGGAAACGCCCCGGUAAGCCCUCUCGGCUUCGCCUCGCUCUCAGACUUGCUACAAGUACCCGCGGAGUGGGAACCAAAUGGCAAGUAAAGAAUAUCCCGCCAUUUCCAGCGUGGGUCACUUCGGCGGACGGUAGUGUUGAUCGGAUGAGGUUUCUGAUCCGCCAGACUGCUAUCUUGAUGUGGCAAUAUUUAGCUCUGGAUCUCCUCUACUUUGGCUACUUUGCGCGAUUUUACCAGUUGCAAUCCUUCACACAUGCUCCAGGCACAGAGUUCUUGGGCUAUUACAACCCGACAGCAAUACAACAAGGCGCGCGUCUUGCUAUUGCCAUCGUGUUUAUGGUGGCUCUAAGACUAUUAUUAGAUUGGGCUUAUCGAUGCUUUUCUGUCAUAUCCGUGGGUAUCAAGUUGACGCCUCCCGAGGAUUGGCCGCCGCUCUUUGGGAGUAUAGCAAAUGCAUACACGCUUCGAAAUUUCUGGGGUGCAGGAAAGCGCUACACUGAGCUAAUCCUCAUGUUCACUCUCUCCGCAGGGUUCCAUUAUAUGAGCGCCAUAUGGUGCGACUUUCCUGGCCACACAGGAUUCCUGCUCAUCAUGACUCUCCAUCCGUUUAUUAUCAUGCUUGAAGACGGGAUACAGUCUUACGUAAGACGGUAUGUUCGUGAAGGAAAUGGGCUGUUACGUUAUGUGUUGGGGAAAGAGGCAUUUCGCAGGUUGAUCGGGUACGGCUGGGUCGCAUUCGCAGGUUUAUAUGUGACUGUUCCCUGGUGUGCGUUCCCGAUUAUGCGGUUGCCUGUCUACAAGACAGUUCUGGUGCCCCAUAGUUUGGUUGAGAGGCUGGGAUUGACUAUGGGAACGUUGACUGUGGGGAGUUUAGGAGUGGCUUUGCACUACAUUUUCAAGAUGGAGGUUUGA